AUGGUGCCCCCGUGGCAUCGGCUCAGAAGAGCCCAUAGAUGUCGGGCCCGAUUAGAGGUGCCGAAGGACGCGGCCAACAGCGCCUGGAUAUGCAAUGGAUCCCAACUAACUCAUCCAGUUAUACGGCCAACAGUGACCGAGAUAUUAAACAACCUGGUCAAAUAUCAUGGCCAUGAUACACCUAUUUUAGCUUAUCGAGAAGUACUAUCUGCCAAGAAGUCAAUGGCAACCAACGGUAAAUGCGGGCAAUUAGACAACAAACCGAUGCGACGGUUACGGCUUGGCGACUAUAAGUGGCUGACAUACGGCCGGGUGGACUCAAUCACCACAUCCCUGGCCAGAGGGCUGGCGGCCAAUGGGGCCAACUUUGGCGAUAAAAUAUUGAUCUUAUCGGAGACACGCGUGGAGUGGUUUUUAUGGGCUCAGGCGGUGGCCAAACUCGGCGCUUGUAUUGUCACAUUAUCUCCAAAUCUAGGUGAUGAGGGACUCGCAUACGGCAUCAAUCAAACGGAAAUUAAACUAAUGAUCGUUUCGGGCAAUUGUGUGCCCAAAAUCCGGUCACUAAUCAGUCAAAUACCAACCGUUCGUACCGUUAUAUACAUAGACCGCAAUCAUUUUCAACUGGAAACCGACCCCAAGUGCUCACUCGGUGACCAAAUUACGGGCUUUCCGGACACUAUUCAAGUGCUGUCUAUGCGUGAGGUGGAGCUGAAAGGUGUCCACCGGUCGGACAUUGCGCUCCAGACCCCUGAAUCGGACGAUCCGUUUGUCAUAAUAUACACGUCGGGCAGUACGGGUGCGCCCAAAGCGGCGGUGGCCACACAUCGGCAAAUGGUCAACGGGUCGGCCAAUUCAUUAUUAUCCCUAUUUAAAGAUAUCAUUGCCGACGGCACCCGCAGCCAUACGUACGUAGCGUUUUUGCCGUUGUGUCACGUGUUUGAGCUGACCAUUGAAUUCUUCCUCUAUUAC